AUGUGUGAAUUAUUUAAGAGAUUUUUUGGCAAAAGCUGUGAUAAUAAGAAUGCGAUUGAAUUGCUGGAAGUGAGAGACAGUCCGCCAGACGUACGACAAGAAUACGAAACGGUUUCACAACUCAUAAGAAGUGAAAACUUUGAAAGCGUUUCACUGAUUGUCGACAAACUGAGCAAAAGUCUCAACAAAAACACUACAAUUCCUAAUGAGAUCUCAUUUGUGGUCAAUAAAGAGGAAUGUUUCGGAUUAUUGGGAACUAAUGGCAGCGGAAAGACGACAACCUUUCGACUACUGACCGGUGAUCUCGACUUAGACUCCGGUAACGCAUACCUGGGCUCACACGCAGACCUACUGACAAAUCGGAGACAAUUCUACUCACGAGUGGGUUAUUGUCCACAAAAUGACGCCCUUUUGGAUGGACUGACAGGCCGUCAAACACUGGUCUUCUUCGGCCGCAUCAGAGGUGUUGAGCGGAAAGCCUUAGAAAAGUUUGUCUCAAAUAUAUGUGUUGUGUUUGAAUUGAAAGCAAUUCUCGACAAAAGGGUUACGACUUAUAGCGGCGGCAAUCGUCGCAAACUAUCGCUGGCCGUCGCACUCAUAGGCCGUCCCCUCGUCCUACUGCUCGACGAGCCGACCACUGGUGUGGACCCCGACUCCCGACUCAGCAUUUGGUGUCUAUUACGAGAUCUCAUGGUUUGCCAAAAGGUGUCGAUUGUGUUGACUUCGCAUAACAUGACUGAAUGUGAGGCCCUUUGCAGUCGUUUAGCGAUUGUCUCCAAAGGGGUCCUCAAAGCCAUCGGAUUCACGGCUCACUUGAAGUCCUUUUACGCCAAAGGCUUUGAUCUGAUCGUCAAAGUGAAGAGCGAUUCAAACGAAGUGAUUGUCGACGAAGUGAAGAGACGUAUGAAUGACAUGUUUGGCGACAACUGUGUCGAGAAAUACGACAAUUUUGGUGUCAUUUACUAUAACCUGCAGUCAGUGGACAGUAGGUUAUCGCAAAUCUUUCAGUCAUUGAAUCAAUUGAAACGCGAAUUGCAUUUCGAGGACUACUUCGUGUCCAACGCCAGUCUCGAACAGGCAUUCCUCCACAUGAUUGCCACUCAAGAUACCAGUCCUUCGGAUGAAUAA